GGGUAUUCCAACAGUAUGUGUGUAUCUACCUGGCUCGGCCUCAGUCUCAGCCUCAGUAUUAGCCUCCACCUCAGUCGCAGUUGAAGCCUCAGCUAUUUGCAAGUCGAAAGUCGCGCUCGUUGGACGUGAGCUUUAAAAUCCGCGUGUAAAGUGCAGUUUGGGUUAAUUGGAAGUACGAUUUAAAUAUGUGUCGGAAAAAAGUGUAAUAAAUAAAAAGUGAUAAAAAGAUGUUUGUUGUAGCUGCCAUGCAUUAAAUUUAAUUGCGCUAAUUGACGACCUUCGAUAUUCAUUUUCAGCCCGGGGCAAUUAAAAUGCAAACUGAUAUUUUUGGAUUAAAUUGAAAGUUUAAAAUUGUGAAAAACUUAAGCAGGUCAAAAAGGCAAAUUAACAACAAUUGCCUAUCAAUUCUGGUCAAAAUUAUAUACAACAACAAAUUUGCUAUGCAAUAACCAUAAUAAAAUUAAAAAAGAAAACGAAAAACAAAGGAACAACAAGUUGAAAAACAAUGCCGAAAUUAGAAUCAACAACGCAAUGUCUGUGCAAUUUAAUAUGCACAAUAAUGUUAUUGUUGUUGCCACAAAACUCAAGCGAUGCAUUGCUGCUCAAGUGUCCUCUGCAUCAGAUGCAGCUACAGAAGAUUGUGGGAUUCCGUCCCCCUCUGGAUUAUCUCAGUGAACGGAAUUUGAUUUAUGCUCCGCCAACUGUCAGCAAUUUCAAGGAUCGCGAUCGAAGAAGUGGAGACUAUGGAUUGCCGGAAGAAGUGCCCGGUCCGCCGGCAAGUCAGAUCUGUUGGAGGAGCUGUAAUGAGGAUCCGGAUUGCAUAGCCUAUGUGCAUCUAUUGGAUACAGAUGAAUGCUAUGGAUACUCAUAUUUUGAGCGCAACUCACGCUAUCUGCCCAUUGCGGAUGAGUUGCCAUUGGUGGCCGAUGGCGAGGCCAUGUUCUAUGAGAAGACCUGUCUGCGUGUGCCCGAAGCGUGUAAAGGCCGCCUUUGGGCGCUGACCAAAAUUCCGGGUAAUAGUCUGGUGUUCCAUGGCAGAAAGACCAUUUCGACGCUGGUCACGCGUCGUGAGUGCGCCGAGAGAUGUUUCUUCGAAACGCAAUUCAGAUGCCUCUCCGCCUCGUUUGCCCCAUCGUAUCGGAACAAUCGUGAGCGGUUUCGGAAUGAGGCACGGCCGACGUUGCCACAUGCCACAUAUGGUCGCUGCACACUGAGCGACAAGGACAAGUCGAUACAACCCGACGCAUUCCGGGCAGCGCCCUACGAUGAGGAAUACAUGGAGAACCAAUGCUAUGAGCGAGCCAUGGAGAACGACAAUUGCUCGUAUGAAUUGUAUGCCAACAGCAGUUUCAUCUACGCGGAAGCCAAAUAUUUGGGCCUAACCCAGAAAGAGUGUCAGUCGCUUUGCACACACGAGUCCAAAUACUACUGCCAAGGCAUCUCCUUCUACUAUGUGAAUCAGUUGACCCGCUCCGAGUGUUUGCUACACUCCGAGGACAUCAUUUCGCUGGGACCGCGCAGCCUGAAGAUGCGCGAGAAUUCCAUUUACAUGAGACGCGUCAAGUGUCUAGAUGUGAAGGUGUUUUGCACUCGCGAUGAGAUGAGUAUACGCUACAAGCCCAAAGACGCCUUCAAUGGCAAGAUGUAUGCCAGCAUGCACUCCAAGGAUUGCCAGGUGAGCGAUUCCCACAAUGGAAGUUUGUUGCUGCGCCUUGAAAUUGGCAGCGAGGCCAAGGAGAAUCGUUGUGGUGUGCUGCGUGCCUACGAAAUGACGCAGGCUUACCACAGAACCUUCAUCUCCGCUUUGGUGAUCAUUCAAAACAACGCGAAUGUGCAGACCCAAGGCGAUCGUCUCAUCAAAGUUGGCUGCAUCCUGAACAAUGCCACCUCCAUGCUGGAGCGUGACAGCAGCUCGGAUGCCACGGAGCAGGUGCCCAGUGCCAUUGCCUUGGAGUCAUCGCUGGAAUAUGCUGAGCACAUGUUUCCGCAGGAGGGUGUGGUGCAUUACAACAGCAGCAAUGGACCUCAACCACAACCGCAGAUCACUCUACAAAUUGUUGAUCUCUCGCAUCAGCAUGAAACGAAUGAUGUGAGGAUUGGCCAAGAUUUGGAGCUGCAAAUUGUGGCGGCAUACAGCGUGGAUCAGCUGGGCGAGCAUCUAGAAAUGCAGCUGGCGCCUUUGCCGGACUUUCGAGCCACUUCGUUGGUGGCCAAGUCACAGGACAAUCAGAAUUACGUAUUGUUAAUCGACGAACGAGGCUGUCCCACAGAUGCCAGUGUGUUUCCAGCCUUGGAACGCGUUCGCUCACAGUCGCAGAGCAUGCUGAGGGCACGUUUCCAUGCCUUUAAGUUCUCGGGCACGGCAAACGUCAACUUCGAUGUAAAGAUACGCUUUUGUGUGGAACGCUGUCCGCCUGCCAAUUGCAUGAAUCUCUCUCCAGGCAAUUGGCAACGACGCAAGCGACAGUUGGAGCAGCCAGAAAGGCAACUGCAAGAACUCAGGAUACAAAAUCCAGUAUACAUAUCAACAGUUAUGGAUGUGAUGCCGGAACAGCUGAGGAAUGCAACUGCAUCCCAGGCGAAUAUAAGCACACAAGUUGAGUUGCCCCUCAACUACAAUCUGCGAGUCCAUGGACCGGAUCAGGCCAACAGCAAUAGCUACUUGUAUGGAGAGCGUGGUGUGCUGCUCAUCGCCGGAAUUGAUGAUCAGCUGCACCUGGACAACAUUUGCAUCAAUCAGAGCCUGCUGAUAGCGCUCUUCAUACUCUGGCUGAUCUGCCAGGUGGCGUUACUCUUUGGCUGUGGCAUGGUGUUGCAGCGUUAUCGCCGCCUGGCAAAGCUAGAGGAGGAGCGACGGCGACUGCAUGAGGAAUAUCUGGAGGCUAGACGCGUUCACUGGGCAGAUCAGGGCGGAUAUACGCUCUAGAUAUCAACACAUAUGCGUUAAAAAAUUAUUUUAAUUGAAUAAAAUUAAGAGAAUCUUACAAGUGUAAAUACAA